GUAUAUCCGUAUCUCACCGAUCAAACCUUUUGCAUCCACCGGCGCCUUUCCCUGCAUCAUCGCAACCCCACAAGGUGAUCUCGGUCGAGUUCUUCACUUUCAUCCACCACAAAUCUCCAGUAUCCAGUAUCCCCUUGCCUACCUAGCCUUAAUCACUAUCCUUGCCUCUCCGCUGCUGGCUGCAGUGCCGAGAAAAGGCUGCCCGUCCCUUUGAAGCCAAGAUUGCUUGAUUGUCAGCAGCACCACUCAACAACAACAACAAUGGCGGGCUUCAUGUCCAAUCUGUUCCCAGGGGCCAGCAAGCAGGAUAAGGCUGAUCUUGAGCCGCCCCCGGUUACGCCCACCACGAACAGCUUCACCACCCCGGCCAGCACGCCCCAGGGCAGCCCCAGCAAGAAGAUGGCACCUCCCGGAGCAAAUGAGCUUCCUGUGGUUUUUGACAAUCUGAAGCUCUCAUCCACAAAUGCCCUCGAGAGCCCGUUGAAACUUAGCCGUCCCCAGAGCAGUGGAACACCUCUCGCCCCAGGGAAGACCAACAUUCAAAACUUUGACGAGAGCUUUGCCGACGAGAGCACAAUCCACAAGGGAUUCUCAAGUGGUGGCGGCUCUCCACAGAGGGCGACGGGACAGGAGAACACGCCCCCCUCUCGAGGGAACCCCGCCAGUGCCGCCAAUGCCUCGUUUCAAACGAGCCAUGCCGCUCUCUCUCGCCAGGGGCUUUACCACUUGAAGGAGAGACCGACAACCCCUGCCAAGAAAUUCAACACCUCGAGAGGGCUUACUCCCGAAGAGCGCGAGAUCCUACAGAAGCCCAACGUGAAGCGGCUCGUCAAUGUUACACAGCUGUACUUCCUCGACUAUUACUUCGACCUUCUCACAUACGUUGGAUCGAGACAGAAUCGACUUAACGCCUUCAAGGCAGAUAAUCCGGAGCCCCAGACGGAGGAAGAGCAGAAGGCCUAUACUCAGAUGUGGAAGCAGUACACGGGCCGAGAGCGGGCCAAUCUCCGCAAGCGGCGAGUCAAGCUCCGCCAAGGCGACUUCCAGAUCCUCACACAGGUCGGCCAGGGCGGCUACGGCCAGGUCUUCCUUGCCCAGAAGAAGGACACAAGGGAGGUCUGCGCGCUCAAGGUCAUGAGCAAGCAACUGCUCUUCAAGCUCGACGAGAUCCGGCACGUUUUGACCGAAAGAGACAUCCUCACCACGGCCAAGAGCGAGUGGCUAGUUCGCCUCCUGUACUCUUUCCAGGACGACAAGAGCAUUUAUCUCGCCAUGGAAUAUGUGGCGGGCGGGGAUUUCCGAACCUUGCUCAAUAACACUGGCGUCUUGUCCAACCGCCAUGCUCGGUUCUAUGCUGCCGAGAUGUUCUGCUCCGUCGAUGCUCUUCACCAGCUGGGCUAUAUCCACCGAGACCUCAAGCCCGAGAACUUCCUGGUCGACUCGACCGGCCACGUCAAGCUGACCGAUUUUGGACUGGCUGCUGGGUUCUUGGCCCCUUCCAAGAUCGAAUCGAUGCGCGUGCGCCUGGAGAAGGCAUCGGAGACUCCCGUUCCCUUCGGAAAGCCAAUGGACCAGCGAACAGUUGCCGAGCGUCGCGAGGGUUACCUCUCGAUGCGGGAGAGAGAUGUGAACUACGCAAAGUCAGUCGUGGGAUCCCCUGAUUACAUGGCACCAGAAGUCCUCCGCGGAGAGGAGUACGACUUUACUGUCGACUACUGGAGCCUGGGCUGCAUGCUGUUCGAAGCCUUGACCGGAUUCCCUCCCUUCGCCGGUGCCAAUCCUGAUGAGACUUGGCGGAAUCUGAAGCACUGGAAAGAGGUUCUGCGGCGACCAGUCUGGGAGGACCCAAACUACUUCCUGAGCAACAGGACUUGGAACUUCAUCACGACCUGCAUCAACUCGCGGAGCAGGCGGUUCUCGAACAUUCAGGACAUCUACAGCCAUCACUACUUUGCAGAGGUGGCGUGGGACACGCUGCGCGAAACCAAGCCGCCAUUCGUCCCUCAGCUUGACUCUGAGACUGACGCCGGCUACUUCGAUGACUUCACUAACGAGGAAGACAUGGCCAAAUACAAGGAGGUGCACGAGAAGCAGAUGGCUCUAGAGACCAUGGCGGAGCGCGAGGAGGAAAUGGGCAAGAGCCUGUUUGUCGGAUUUACCUUCCGACACCGAAAGACGGCGACUGAAGAGGGCAGUCCGCGUAAGCCCAUACCGUUGGACGGGACUUUUGGCACCAUGCUGUAGGGGCAGCGACGGGCAAGAAAAGGGUCCGGCCACCGGCGGUAUCCGUUCCAGGGGCGACCUCGAGGCAUGAGGGACUGGGAGUGGGUGUACGUGCGCAGGGGGCAUUUGUUGGGUUCCUAAUUACCUACGCAUUACGCGGCGCGGCGUAGUUGCUGCUGCUGAUGCUGAUGUCGGGUUUGGCUGGUGAGUUCUGGGUUGUGCAGCACAUUGUAUAUCUCC